GUAGACUUUUCCAGCGAUUUCAAACAAGAGAGCUAGAGCUUUAGCAAGGGUUUGAGUGGAAAAAGUCAGCACAGAGAUUAGUAGUGAUUUCUGGGUACUGGUAUAGGUGGUAUAUCAGGGGUUCUAUUGGCUGGGUAGCUAGUAGGGAGAUAAAGGUUUGACGAUCAAGCAGUAGGCUGAUCGGGUAACUCUGAUUGUGUUUCGAAGGGAGCUUAAAGAACAAUUUCUAGUGAAUCGUCAGAGAUCGCAAGAGAGCGAUUCUCUGACCGUGGAUUAGUCGGUGUUGGGUUCGUUAAACACCUAACACCGGAUACCACGUAAAAAUUUGGUGUUGUGUUUUAUUUUCUGCACUUGAUUGGCUUUGCUGAUAUCCUGUUGCACUCUGUUCAUGUGUCUGGGUUGAAAGCAAAGAACAGGGGUUUUUGAUUUCAGUCGAAGAGAAGGGAAGGAUCAGUUUGGGUUCGUGAAACGGUGAGUUUUGGGAAAAGGUUGGUGUCUGAUUUGUGAUCAGGCCAAGGAAAAGCUUUUGAGUGGGCUGGUGAGAAAGCUAAAUAAAAUAAGCUUUGGGUCUCGGCCCAAUUCUUCCAAGGCUAAGCUAUCGGCUGCUCAAACACCAAAAGAGGAAAUCCUUCCUGGUCAUUCCGAUCAAACAAAAACUCUAGGUAAAAACUGGUUCUGCUGUUCUUGCCGAAAGAGACGAAGAAGCUUAGUGCAGGUGUUGAAUCCGAAUAAGAGAAAGAAGGCCGAUUUGUCUCGCGCUCGACACUUUUACACGUGGUAUCAGAGCCUGGUUCUGUCGAAAAGGGUCAAGCGAUCUCCGGAGUAGCAAGACAUGUCGACGAAUUCGGGAAUGGGGGCUGUUCUCUAUCUCGCGGAUGGGUUUUCACAAAAUCGGCCACCAACGGGUACUGGAAGAAUCGAAUGGAGCUGUUCGUUGGUUCAACAGACCCGAAACUCUGGGCAACAGUCAUCAAGGGUCCGCACGAGCUCAAGACUGACCAAGAAAAAUGGACCGACGAGGAUUUUGAGAAACAUCAGCAGAAUUGCAAGGCCACAAACCUGAUGUACUGCUCGCUUGGGCCUGAAGAGUAUCACAAAGUCUCUGGGUGCAAAACUGCAAAAGAGAUAUGGGACAAACUCCAGGUAACCUACGAAGGCACUUCUCAAGUUAAAAUUUCCAGGAUCAACAUACUGAAAACUGAGUUUGAAACAUUUAAGAUGAAUGAUGGGGAAUCAAUUAGGGAAAUGUCGGAAAGGUUCACUAAUAUAGUGAACAGUCUAGAAAACUUGGGAGUAUCGUAUGACAGUGGUGACCUAGUUAGGAAGAUUCUAUGGUCUCUACCUAAGAAAUGGGAUCCGAAAGUGACUGCAAUAGAGGAGGCAAAGAAUUUAUCUACACUGGAUGUCGAUGAACUAAUAGGGUCAUUAGCCACGUAUGAGGAGAAAAUCAAAAGAGAAAGUGGAGAAGAACAGAAGAAAGAAAAAAGGGGGGAUAGCUUUUAAAGCACAAGCUUGCGAGGAAGAUUCGGCGAAUACGAUGAUAUGGAUGAUGACGAGCUGGCAAUGCUCAGCAAGCAUAUAACACAGCUCAUGAAGAUGAGGAAGGACAGACGACGAGGAAACCUUGUAAAUAAUGAUAUGCAAGAAUAAACACCAGGUUGCAUGACUAAACAGUAUUUUGGUUGCGUGAAUAAUCAACGCUCUUACGUGAAUAAUAAUAACGCCAAUAUGGCAUGAAUAAGCUCAAAUUUACGUGAAAAAUAACAAAUAAAUAAAUUAAUUAGGUGUUGUCUCUAAAAUUCAAAGAGAGUGGGCUUAGGUAACCAAUUCGUGGAGUGGAAGCAAGAGUAGGAGCGAGAGAGCGUAUAUUUUUAAAAGUUGUAUGAAAGCGUUAAUAUUAUAUUAUCUUUAUUAUUCUAAUAUUUGUUUUUAUCUAUAAGUAAUGUUGGUAGAAAAAAUUUCAAGCUACCAAUUAGCACAUUAAUUUUCGUUUUUACCAAAUUAACCUGUUUGAAAUUCCAAAUAGUGGUGAUACCAUAUAAUAUUCAAAAAUAAGAAGAAAACAUAUUCAUGGAUUUUGGCAAUGUAGUCAAAAUCGCGCUUUAAAACUUAAAAACUUACAAUUUUACGUUUUAAGGUCACUAGAACGCUUCUAUAUAAAAUCUCAGUUUUUAUAACUUUUGUAGUUAAAAACUCUGUUUUAAAACUUAAAAACUUACGAUUUUACGCUUCUAGAUCAUCAAAACGUUUCUACAUUAAAACUCGCUUUUGACUACAUUGGAUUUUGGUACCUAUCUAUCUAUCUAUCUAUCUAUAUCUAUAUCUAUAUAUCUAUAUCUAUACUAUAUAUUAUGGUAAUUUAAAAAUAAUCUCUUGCCACAUAAGCAAUUGGAGGAUCCACAAGUUGGACAACUUUUUUACAAACAAAAAAAAAUUAGUUAUUAAUGUAUUUAUGGAGCUAUCUCUCUCUUCUUUAAUAUUUUCAAUUAUUUUAUCUAAUUAUUAUUUUUCAUUUAUCCAUUUAUUUUUUUCUUUUUUGCAUUCAUAAUAACUUACAUGUUGAUAAAUUUAACCAAACACAUAUAAAUAAUAAUUGUUUUUGUCAAGUAAACAAAAUAUAAAUAGAAAACAGAGAGUGACAUAUAUCACAUUUGUUCAAAUAAAAAGUAUCUGAUUAAAACUUAUGAAGUAAAAUUUCUACUCAUUUUUACUAAAAUUGAAUGAUAAGUUACAUUUUGAUGAAAAAAUUAAACAAACAUACACAUAAAAAAUAAUUAUUUUAUUGAUUAAACAAAAUAUAUAUGAAAAGAGAGAAAAUAAACAUUUGACAUUCAAUUACCUUUGAAAAAUAAACUAUAUUAUUUUAUAUUUUGUUGAAAUCAAACACUCUCUUAUUAGUGAAGUAUAUGUCUAUAAAAUAAAACAAUUAUUAUUUAGCAAAAUGUUAGAGUAUAAUCUUGAUCGAGUAGUUACAGUUAUUUAUUUAUUAAAGACUUCUUAUUCAUUCAGAUCACGUUCUACAAUAACUCCUCAAAUGAAGAGGAAUUGCAUGUGCAAUAAUUUUAUAAUGUGCUAAGUUCACAUUAAUAAUAUUUGCUCUAUAUCAUGUUUGAUUGAGCAAGCUCUAUUGAGGUCCUAAGUCGUAUGCUAAGAAAUUUUCUUUCAGACUUAGAGUUAUCGUCGACGAUUAUAACAUAUGUGAAGGUUAAAGUAGUUUUUGUUGACAAUCUACUAUAAACAUUCCUUGAUGAGACACAACAUUCCUUGAAAAAUAACAUAUGUGAAGGUUAAAGUAAUAUUUGUUGACAAUCUACGAUAAACAUCACGUUUCAUCAAUUAAUAACCUACGCAUUUACCAAAUAAAGGUUGGCAAUUUUUAGUAAGAUAGUCAAUUGGGAUAAACAUAUUUAUCCAACAAUUAAGUAUCUUUAUCCAAUCAUCUCAACUCUCAAAAUUGGUUUCCAGUUCGUCCAAACUCGAGAAACACAAAUUGAUAUAUGUUGUAUAAGAUAAUAAGUUAAUGCAAAUAAUCAAAUGAAAUCCACCGAUAUUGUUCAAAUGAUAAUACAUUUUAAAUGCACUUGAAAUAUGUGUGUAUUGUAUACACUCUUUAUCAAUUAUUAAUAUAUAAGUGAUAAAAUCUUUGAAAAUUACACAUUCAACGACCAUGUUGAGACCAAAAUCCUUGAUAGUGUGUGUGUGUGUGUCUUAGAUUGAGAUUCCAAGCAAACAUAUAAACAAUGACCACGGGUUGAGGGUUAGUAUAAACUUCAAGAAUUAACAACUGAUACAUAUUGUAUAAUAUACUAAAUUUAAUUGUCUUGAUAAAAAACUAACAUCCAAAAUGGAAAUGAGUCGAGAUUAGAGAAUUUAAUCAUCAUGAGGGCUACAGUGCGUGUCAAGUUUCAAUAUAGAUGAAUAAAUUGAUCCAAUAAAGAAGUAUCGUUACAACAUUGGUCGAGAGUUCGUCCAAAGUCGAGAAUCAUGAAUGUGUAUUGGAUUCCACAUGACCUAAAAUUCCAAUCCCUUUUGAGGGCUGAAUACCUCUGAUCACAACCACAGGUGCCAAAGAAGAAUGAAAAGAAGCCCAAAAAAGCAAAAAAGAAAAUAACCUCUGAUACGAUGAACAAAAUAAAACCAUAUUGAGCUAUGAUCCUGUCAGCCCUACCAUUUUAUUCUCCAUAAAGGGGGUUGUGGGAGAGGAUAAGAAAUAAAUAGCAGGAGCUUAGGAUUUGCCUCUUUUUAUAAUAUAUAUCGAGCGAUAGACAACCCUAAUAGUUGUCUGACGUUAUGGGGGUAAAAGCGGGAUCUCUAUCCCGCGAAUGGUGGAUAGGCAAGUAGCACUUUUAAUAUGAGUAUUAUGCGAGAUAGGAUAGGUCUGAAGAAGUAUGUGGAUAAUUUUGAGUGUACUACACACACACAUACAUAUAUAUAACAUCAAGGAGUGAGUUCUACGGUACCUAGAGUGAAAUUCAGCGUACCGCAUACCUUGAGCAUGAAAGCGUUAUCCAAACCUUGAAUUGACUGAUCUUUCAGACAUGAUAUUAUACUCCAACCCUUAGACAUCAAAAUCUAGGUUUUAAUUCUCUAAAUCUUAUAUCCCAAGAUCAAUUUAAUUAGAAACAAUGAUCGACGAUUAUGAUUCGUCCAAAUAUAGGCAAAAAAUGAAUGCACCAUCUUAGGGUUUACAAUUUAUGAUUUAGAUAAUUAGGACAUAAUUCACUCAUUAAGGGUUAGGGUAUAUUAUCCGACCAAAAAUCCUGCUAAUUUGAGGUCUAGAUAGAUUUUUAAUACUCAAGGUAUGUGGUACCCUAGAUCUCACCUGGGGUACCGUAAAAGCCGCCCAAUAUCAAGGUAUACUAUACUUUUGAUUUUACUCAAGAUACGAUAGAAGAUAGAUAUGACGAAGUAUGCCCAUAAAUUAGAGGUUAGAGAAUUAGGGUUUGGAGUUCACCUAUUAGAUGUUAGGGUAUAGUAUCAUGCCCCAAGAAACUCCGGUUAAUUCGUGGUCUAAAUAGUAUAACUCAAUUGUCGUAUGGUAGUGUGAACACAAGAGUAUAGCAUACUCCUGGCACACGCUAGCUUGAACUAUAUGUGUGUGUGUGGGGGGGGGGGGGGGGGGGGGGGGGGGGGGGGGGGGGGGGGGGGGGGGGGGGGGAAGUUCAGGUUGGCGUACGCUAAACAUUAGUGUUUUGCUUGAUAAAUUUUGACAUAAGUUCUAAAUGGGACGUGACGGUGACAUCAUUUAUGAUUAGAAAACCGAAGUAUCACAAAUGAGUGUGCUAAAUAUUGGAAAUUUUCAAUAUAGACAUACUACAAACUCUGUUAUAAAUCAAGAACACAAAAUAUUUGGAAUCCAAAAUGAUUUAAACAUAUAAAUAAGUUAAUUAAUAUAAAUUAUAAAAUAAAUCUCUCUGGCCAACGGGCCGGGUAAUAAGCUAGUAUACUUAAUAUUAUGGCUAUUCAAAAGUAACUUCUUGCCACAUAAGCACUUGGUGAAUUCACAAGAUGCCAAGGUGGACAAUUUUUUAACAAACAAAAAUUUAUUUAUUGAUCUAUUUAUGGAGCUAUCUCUCUCUUCUUUUAAUACUUCUACUCAUUUAUACUAAAACUUAAAAUAAGGUACAUUUUUUGUGACACAUUUAAACAAACAAACAAACAUAAGUAAUAAUCUUUUCUUCAAUUAAACAAACUAUAAAAAUGAAAAUAGAGAGUGACAGUUUAACCCAAAAUAUCUUAUUAAAUUUCAUUAAGUAAAUUUUCUAUUCAUUUUCACUAAAAAUUUAUAAUAAGUUACAUUUUGAUGGAAAAAAACAAGCACACAUAUGAAUAAUAAUAAUUUUUCAAUUAAACAAAAUUUAAACGAUGGCCUGGGAGAAAAUGAGCGUUUGACAAUCAAUCUUUUUUGAAAAAUGAACUACAUGACUAUAUAUUUUUUGUUAUCAAACACUCACUUCUUCCUAAUGAAUAUACUUAUAAAAUAAAACAAGUAUAAUUUAUAUAGAAAAAGGUCUGAAGAUAAAUUUGACAUAGCAAUAAUUGUUAUUUUUUUAAAACACUUCUUAUUCAUUCCGUUUAAAUAAAAAAUAUAUUAAUUGUGAAUACAACCUUUUAAUUUAUCUCUACCAUUUUCCCAUUUUGAGUGUCUCUCUAGAAAUAAAAUCCAACAUUGAAAAUAAGAAAUUAGAUAGAGAAGGAAAUGGUAAUGCAUAUGAAGUUUUUUUUUCUUUGUAGGAGAAUAGGAGGAGGGAGGUACACGAGGAAACGAUUAGAUGGAAAAUUAUUGAGCAGUUGUAACAUAUUUUUGCCUGUUGAUAAAAGCAGUUCAUCCUAUCAUUACGAAGACGAGGUGAACCAGUGGCGUAGUUAGGAUUUCAUCUAAGGUGGGUCCACUUAGAAGAAAAAUUCACCUGGUAAAAUAAUUUUUGUUAAUUUUGCGAAUCAUUCAUGACAUAAUCUUAUAUUGGAAAAUUUUGGUUAAGUAAAAUAGAUUAGCAGUCGAAAUUAUCAAGAAUAUUACUUUAUAUACCAAACAAUUAUUAAUGAUUUAGUUAGUCGUUCUGUUUCGUAUGAUGUUCUUUAUAAAAAACCAUUAGUAUAUAUAACUCGAGUUGUCAAGAGAUAUUUAAUAAUAUAUCUUACACCAAACAAUAAUUCAUGAUUUGUUUAGUCAUUCGCUUACAAAUGAUGUUAUUUGUCAAGAAUCUUUUUGAAUCAAUAAAUUGAGUUGUUGGAAGAGGUUCAAUAAUAUAUCUUAUACUAUUUACUAGCACGCUCCCUCAUAUAAGAAAGUCAACUUAUAGAAAAAUGAAGUUUGCACAAAUCUGUAUAUCGUGUACUUAACAAAUGAGGUCGCCAAAAUUUCGAACAAAAAAUCUUUCGAUCAACUAUUCUCAAUUAAAUACCCCUAAUUUUCUAUAUAAAUUAACUUUUGUACCUAAUUGAACAAUUUUCCUUCCGAGUCAGGGUGGGUCCCGUGACUCACCCUGUUAUACUCUCCCUCCGCCACUGAGGUGAACCAAACCGAGGAUUGUCGACUGCUCCCUCUUCCUCCUUGAUCUGAAGCUCGCAACUGCUCACUCUUUUUUCCAUUAUUUUCUUAAUUUCUUCCAAGUUAAAACGGUUGGAUGGUAAAUUUCCCUACUUGAUGAGCGAAUGUAUUUAUUCUUCGUUUUCACGGAGUUAUUUUAUGUUCUCUAUUACGUCAUAUACUUUUAUGUAAAUAGGUAAUAUAUGAUUAGAAAGGAUAAUUGGUUGGACUUAGAGCAUAUGUCAUUUGGUUGAAUAAUUGAUUUUUACUUAAAUGCCUAUUGCAACCCGAUACUUUAGAUGUUGAAAUGGAAAGUGGAGUUGUGAGGGUUUUUCAUUAUGUUCCUUAUGUUCAUGAUUGACAUGCUACUAGCUAGCUAUAAGAUGAUGAUCUGGUUAAUAAUUAGUAGGUAGCAAUGGGAUUAUAAGUAGAAGGGAACAUAAUUGGGGAUUUUAUAAAGGUCGUGAAGAAGAAAGAAAAUGACUGUGGAGGUUCCUAGGUUGUGUAUUUUGAUGUUUUUUCAAUUUCUACAUGUUUGUAAUGACAUUUUUUUGUUUCAUUAGGGUGAAUUUCUCCUCAUUAAAUCCUUAACUAAAGC